AAAAAUUCCGAGCGGCAGAAGUUGUCUGAGUGCGUCGGUUGGAGGCUGUCUGGCCAGAUCCGGUACUCUGCGACUUUAUAUCUUUAAAUGGAUGAGAUGGCUACCACUCAGAUUUCCAAAGAUGAGCUUGAUGAACUCAAAGAGGCCUUUGCAAAAGUCGAUCUCAACAGCAAUGGAUUCAUCUGUGACUAUGAACUUCAUGAGCUUUUCAAGGAAGCUAAUAUGCCAUUACCGGGAUAUAAAGUGAGAGAAAUUAUUCAAAAACUCAUGCUGGAUGGUGACAGGAAUAAAGAUGGGAAGAUAAGUUUUGACGAAUUUGUUUAUAUUUUCCAAGAGGUAAAAAGCAGCGAUAUUGCCAAAACCUUCCGCAAAGCAAUCAAUAGGAAAGAAGGGAUCUGUGCUCUGGGAGGAACUUCAGAGCUGUCCAGUGAAGGAACGCAGCAUUCUUACUCAGAGGAAGAAAAAUAUGCUUUCGUUAACUGGAUAAACAAAGCUUUGGAAAAUGAUCCAGAUUGCCGACAUGUCAUACCAAUGAACCCAAAUACUGAUGACCUGUUCAAAGCUGUUGGUGAUGGAAUUGUGCUUUGUAAAAUGAUCAACCUUUCAGUUCCUGAUACAAUUGAUGAGAGAGCAAUCAACAAGAAGAAACUUACACCCUUCAUCAUUCAGGAAAACUUGAACUUGGCACUGAACUCUGCUUCUGCCAUUGGGUGUCACGUUGUGAACAUUGGUGCAGAAGAUUUGCGGGCUGGGAAACCUCAUCUGGUUUUGGGACUGCUCUGGCAGAUCAUUAAGAUCGGUUUGUUUGCUGACAUUGAACUGACCAGGGAUGAAGCCUUGGCUGCUUUACUUCGAGACGGUGAGACCUUGGAGGAGCUUAUGAAAUUAUCUCCAGAAGAGCUUCUGCUUAGAUGGGCAAACUUUCAUUUGGAAAACUCAGGCUGGCAGAAAAUCAACAAUUUUAGUGCUGACAUCAAGCUUAUUGACUUCAGUAACUCAGUGAAGGAUUCCAAAGCCUAUUUUCAUCUUCUCAAUCAAAUUGCACCAAAAGGACAAAAGGAAGGUGAACCACGGAUAGACAUUAACAUGUCAGGUUUCAAUGAAACAGAUGAUUUGAAGAGAGCUGAGAGCAUGCUUCAACAAGCAGACAAAUUAGGUUGCAGACAGUUUGUUACUCCUGCUGAUGUCGUCAGUGGAAACCCCAAACUGAACUUAGCCUUUGUGGCUAACCUGUUUAAUAAAUACCCAGCACUAACUAAGCCAGAGAACCAGGAUAUUGACUGGACUCUAUUAGAAGGAGAAACUCGUGAAGAAAGAACCUUCCGUAACUGGAUGAACUCUCUUGGUGUUAAUCCCCAUGUAAACCAUCUCUAUGCUGACCUGCAAGAUGCCCUGGUAAUCUUACAGUUAUACGAACGAAUUAAAGUUCCUGUUGACUGGAGUAAGGUGAAUAAACCUCCAUACCCGAAACUUGGAGCCAACAUGAAAAAGCUAGAAAACUGCAACUAUGCUGUUGAAUUAGGGAAGCAUCCUGCCAAAUUCUCCCUGGUUGGCAUUGGAGGGCAAGACCUGAAUGAUGGGAACCAAACCCUGACUUUAGCUCUAGUCUGGCAGCUGAUGAGAAGAUACACCCUCAAUGUCCUGGAAGAUCUUGGAGAUGGUCAGAAAGCUAAUGAUGACAUCAUUGUAAGCUGGGUGAACAGAACAUUGAGUGAAGCUGGAAAAUCAACUUCCAUUCAGAGUUUUAAGGACAAGACGAUCAGCUCCAGUUUGGCAGUUGUGGACUUAAUUGAUGCCAUCCAGCCAGGCUGCAUAAACUAUGACCUUGUUAAGAGCGGCAAUCUAACAGAAGAUGACAAGCACAAUAAUGCCAAGUACGCAGUGUCAAUGGCUAGAAGAAUUGGAGCCAGGGUGUACGCUCUCCCGGAAGACCUUGUGGAAGUAAAGCCCAAGAUGGUCAUGACCGUGUUUGCAUGCUUGAUGGGCAGGGGAAUGAAGAGAGUGUAA